UAUAUAAACUCAAAACUCUGCAACACCACCCAUUGUAUUGAAUCUCUCCAUCGUCACAGUCGACGAAGAAAAUGAUGUUAGCCACUUCAUCUCUCCCCCUAUUCUCCCCCCGCAGCACCCCCACUAAACGUUAUGCUUUCUCUCAACCCCCUCUCCUUCAUUCUCGCGCUAGCGGGCCCCACCUACCAAUUGCACGAUUCCCAAGCCACCUAUCUUCUUCUCCUACAACCUUAACAGCAACAACUCCAGUUUGUCUGGCUUAUGUCAGUGGCCCAGCUUCUGACCCCAUCGUUCCCUCCAACGAUGAUCUCGAUUCCUCUGACAUAGUUCAACACCACCAGCUGCCGACACCCACUUCUGCUAUUAGUUGGGGGCUGUUGUGGGCCCUCCUGGUCCCACAUAAACUCCGGCUAUUGGCUUCAUUUGCUAGUCUUCUUGGUUGUUCUACUUGUACUCUCUCUAUGCCUAUAUUUUCUGGUAGAUUUUUUGAAGUUCUGAUUGGGGCAAGGCCAGAGCCUCUUUGGAUACUGUUGAGUAAGGUGGGAGUUUUGUAUGCUUUGGAGCCGAUCUUCACUGUUAUGUUUGUUGUAAAUAUGAACACCAUAUGGGAAAAUGUCAUGUCCAGUUUAAGAGCUCGGAUAUUUAGCAGCAUAUUGAUUCGCAAGGUGGAGUUUUUUGACCGGUACAAGGUGGGUGAACUCACUGCUUUAUUGACAUCUGACUUGGGAUCACUGAAAAGUAUUGUGAGUGAUAACAUUUCCAGGGAUCGUGGUUUCAGGGCACUAUCUGAGGUUACUGGAACAAUAUGCUUACUGUUUGUUCUUGCUCCACAACUUGCACCAAUUUUGGCUGUACUUAUGCUUGUCGUCUCUGUUUUAGUCGCAUUAUACAAGCGCUCAACUAUGAAUGUUUUCAAAGCUCAUGGUGCGGCCCAAGCAUACAUAGCGGAUUGUGUAACUGAAACAUUUUCUGCUAUACGCACUGUAAGAUCAUUUGGUGGAGAGAAACGUCAAAUGUCAAUGUUCGGUGACCAGGUGCAAUCUUAUCAAAAUAGUGGAAUUAAGCUCGGGAUUUUUAAAGCAUUUAAUGAAUCACUGACUAGAAUUGCAGUUUAUCUAUCGUUGAUGGCUUUAUAUUGUCUCGGAGGAAGCAAAGUAAAAGCUGGUGAGCUCUCAGUUGGAACUGUGGCUUCCUUUAUUGGAUACACAUUUACGCUGACUUUUGCUGUUCAAGGGCUGGUUAACACAUUUGGAGAUCUUCGUGGAGCUUUUGCUGCUACAGAGAGAAUAAAUUCUGUUUUAUCGGGUGCUGAAGUUGAUGAAGCCCUUGCUUAUGGUUUGAGAAAAGAUAUUAAGAAAAAAGAUGCCCUUGAUAAAAGCUUUGACAUGUUUUUUGUCAGUGAUCCAGAUGGAGAUAAUCGGUCUAAGAAUAUGAGUUACAUGUCAUCCCUGAAAGGAGAUAGCAAUGUGCAAAAUCUUGCAAGAUGUGGUGAUAUAUAUCUUGAAGAUGUGCACUUCUCUUAUCCUCUGAGGUCUGAUGUGGAAAUCCUAAAAGGUCUGAAUCUGGUGCUAAAAUGUGGAACAGUAACUGCUCUGGUUGGUCCAAGUGGUGCAGGAAAAAGUACAAUAGUUCAACUAUUGGCACGAUUCUAUGAGCCAACAAGUGGUAGAAUCACAGUAGCCGGGGAGGACCUACGGACAUUUGAUAAGAGUGAAUGGGCUCGCGUUGUCUCCAUAGUAAAUCAAGAACCGGUACUAUUUUCGGUAUCCGUGGGAGAAAACAUCGCAUAUGGACUCCCAGAUGAUUAUGUAUCUAAGGAUGAAGUAAUAAAAGCAGCAAAAGCCGCAAAUGCUCAUGAUUUCAUAGUUUCACUUCCACAGGGCUAUGACACACUUGUUGGUGAAAGAGGUGGUCUGUUAAGUGGAGGACAGAGACAGAGAGUUGCUAUUGCUAGGGCUUUGCUAAAGAAUUCCCCACUUCUAAUACUUGAUGAGGCCACAAGUGCCUUAGACACUGUGAGUGAGCAACUGGUUCAGGGUGCUCUGAAUCACCUUAUGAAGGGAAGGACUACAUUGGUGAUUGCUCAUAGGUUAAGCACAGUUCAAAAUGCAGAUCAAAUUGCUCUUUGUUCUGAUGGUACUAUUGCAGAGCUUGGGACCCAUUCUGAGUUGUUAGAUAGGAAGGGUCAAUAUGCUUCUCUUGUGGGGACUCAAAGGCUUGCAUUUGAGUGAAGUGAUGAUUAUUUAAAAAUCAUUACUUUGUAAUCGACUUGGGAGGCAUCACUAUGUAUUCUCCUAUAGUGCCAAAAAUCAUGAUUUAAAGUAGGUGACAUGAUGAUUUUCCUGAAGAUGACAGAGAAAUUCCUGAAGUAACAUUUAUAUAUAUGGUGUUAUAAACAAAUGAUCCUCUUAAUCAUCCCACAACCUGCUAAUCUGUAUAUAAGCACUCUUUUCCUGUAUACAAGAUUCAUGUUUUUUAUCUGCUUAUACGCAAAGCAUAGGCUGAUUUGCGCCACAUGUAGACAUUUUCUGUAUCUGAUUAACAUUAAUAGUGAAAGGUCUUCUGUUAAAGCAAAAUAGCUUCUGAAGCACCA